AUGGAUCCUAAAAUGGAUCCUAAAAUGGACACCAGGAAGAUAAGUGCUCAGCGUCUUCCCCCGCCUGUCCUCUUCCAGGGCCCGCCGUCACAUAAUGCCUCCAAUCUCUCUCUUCCCCCGCCGGUAUCUGCUGUUCCGACGACGGGAGCCUCUCCGCGGCCGCCUCUGCAGCGCAAUCGCUCGUCCCGGGCAGGAACCCUCGAGGCCCCGGGGUCCCUCUCGCCAUUUCUGACUCGCAAACAGUCUAAGGGGGAGGUGGACGGCUCCGAGGCUAUAUGGCAGGAGAUGCAGAGCGCAUUGUCCGAGGUCGAGCUGAGCGCGGCAACGGGCGAACAUGUCUUUGGGGAGAAGCACUCCGAGGCGUUGGAAGAUCUCCGGACAAAACAGCUGAAGCUUGCGCAGGCGUGGGCGCGCAGCGAAGCUGGGGAUGAGGUUGUGGAAACAAAAGGUGCUGCCGCUGCUGCUGCUGCGGCCACGGCAAAAAGUAAUGCGUCACUGCGACCAGCGUCGCGAAGCACGGCUGGACCGGGCGAUUCUGCUAAUCCUGAGGAUGGUUCCUCGCGGGAUCUGGAUGAGGAGACGGGAAAGGAUAUUCUCCUCGCACGAGAGAGACGGGAGGCUAAUGAUCGAUAUUUCGAUCGGGUUAAUAAUGGUGUCUUGGAUGUGGUGGCUAAGCUGGAGGAAGUCGCUCAGGCUAUGCGCGCGGUGGAAAGAGAGAGCAAAGAUAUCUGGAGUGAUACUGAUAGUAUGAGUACCACGACGCAGACCACGACUGAUACUGGGGACACAAAUCUAUCUACUCCUUCUUCACCAACCGCACCACCGUCUUCCACCCUUCCACAGCCGUAUCCCGCGCAUCCUCCCACCGACUCUCAUACGCCUUCCUCGCCAACGUCUCCACCUCUUGAUUCCAGCGAUGUUUCAAGAAGUCCUUCAAGACGGGUUUCGUCUUCCGGUCUUCUUCCUCACCCGGACGCUUCUGGGUCUCUUGAGGCAAUAAGCGACGGUCGUAUGCGCCUGCUGAUGAGGCCAACCAGUUCAGUGCGCGCGUUUGUUCGCGAAUGGCAUUGCGCUGUUCCAGGCGAUUGGCUUUGUGUACUUGGAGGGAGAUGUACAGGACGGAGGUGGUGA